AUGUGUUUCGAGUGGAUCUUACGAUUAGUAAGUACCAUGCCUAUCAUUUAUUUUUCUUUUUUUUUUUUCUUUGUUUCUUUUUGUCCGUAUCAUAAGAGAUUUGCAGAUGAAUUGGUGUCCAAUCGAACGUAGGUAACUGAAUUAAUAAAUAUAGGAGUUUGCAAUGUUGAAGGUAAUAAUAUUCAUUGAAACUUCUAUGAGAAUGCAACGGGCGAGAUUCUAUUUCGGCUUGAAAGUCAGCCGAAGUUUCUGCAAUUUCCACCAUUUGCAUUUUUAAUAUGUUUGUAAAUGCAAAUUUCAACGAAAAAUUAAACUGAAGCGAGGGAAUAUUUUCCAUUUGUUUGCUUCAUUCUUUUACUUCAUGGCUGUUAGAUGAUUUAAAAAGAAAAAAGCAAAUAUCAGAGAACAAUGUAAUAACGAUGAAAAAGAAACAAAGCAAAAGAGUAAUGUUUAUUAAUCAAUAUAUAAUUGUGUCUUUGAUGUAUAUUAACUUUAGCUGUUCCUAAAAAUAAAUUUUUUUCUAAAUUAACGAAAAGGAAUUAGUAAGAAAGAAAUGUCACAGAACAAUAUAUUGAAAGUUAUUAAUCGUUAUAUUUUUAUCGCUGUUAAUUAUUUGAAAGUAUUGUUGAUAAUAAUAAAAAUAACAGUAAUAAUAAAAACAAUGAAAACCGGAAUAUUACAGAUAUUAUAGAUCGUUUUAGAAAAGAUAUUAAAUAUUGUGAAGCUUCUGGCUGACCUAAAAGUGACCGACGCGACGUCUCGAUCGAUCGAACUCGAGAACGAUAGUCGGCGUGCUAGAGCUCGUAAAAGAACCACAAUUAUGGCAAUAACUCAGACUACGACCACCUUGAUAGGACUAUUGAAGACGGCUCGUCUUCUGCGACUCGUCAGAGUAGCCAGGAAGAUCGACAGGUACAGCGAGUAUGGAGCCGCGGUUUUACUCCUUUUGAUGGGCACCUUUGCUCUUAGUGCCCAUUGGAUGGCGUGCAUAUGGUACGCCAUAGGAAACGCGGAAAGACCAACGUUGAAGAGCAAAGUUGGCUGGCUCGAUAUCCUGGCCAACGACACGCAUCAAUUUUAUUUUCACAACAACACCGGAGGGCCAACUUUAAUGUACGCCAGCAUCUUUGGUAACGUUUCGGCGAUUAUUCAGAGGCUUUACAGCGGUACAGCAAGAUACCACACGCAGAUGCUUCGAGUUCGCGAGUUCAUCAAGUUCCAUCAGAUCCCUAAUCCGCUUCGUCAACGGUUGGAAGAGUACUUUCAACAUGCUUGGACGUACACGAACGGAAUCGAUAUGAACAGUGUUCUAAAAGGAUUCCCCGAGUGCCUUCAGGCGGACAUCUGUCUUCAUUUGAAUAGAAAUCUUUUAAACAACUGUAGAGCCUUCGAGGGUGCCAGUCCUGGUUGUUUAAGGGCGUUAUCAUUAAAAUUUAAAACGACACACGCACCGCCCGGUGACACGUUGGUCCAUCGAGGAGACGUGUUAACGUCCCUGUACUUCAUAUCGCGCGGCAGCAUAGAGAUAUUGAAGGGCGACGUCGUGAUGGCGAUCCUGGCCAAGGACGACAUAUUCGGGGAAAAUCCUUGCAUAUAUCCGACCGUUGGCAAAGCGUCAUGCAACGUACGCGCAUUGACGUACUGUGAUCUUCACAAGAUACACAGGGACGAUUUACUCGACGUUCUGGCUCUUUAUCCGGAGUUUUCCAAUCACUUUAGCCAGAAUCUCGAGAUCACGUUUAAUCUGAGAGACGAAGAACAGGCUGGUGUCGAUCCAAUAUCAGCAAGGUUUCCUGUCAGUACUCCAACGGACGUCGAUGUCGACGCUAGGAGAUUCGCUUUCCGUCCACCAAGAUACCGUCGAGGACCCGGUGGUCCUGGCACCAAUCUUAUAGCCACUGGUCGACAAGACUCCUUACAGGGUGAUCAGGAAGACUACGACAAAGGAAGUGGUCAUGGUAUUCUGGAGUUCAGUACCGACAAAGCCGGCCAAGACGUAACACCAUUGAACCUAGAGUUCGACGAGCCAAAGCAAAGAAGCUCCACGCUGAAUUCCAUAACC